UGAAUCAGUUCGGUCCCGAAGUCAGUUGUGUCGACAUCGUCUUACCGUGGGCGACAGUGGUGCUUGUAUGAAUAAGGGACAUAGAUUUCACUACCAACAUUAGUGAUCAGUCGGGAGACACACGUUUGGGAUUUCCAACUUGGAUGUGGUUCUAAUUUUAUCCUAGAUUUGACGAAUUAUCGCGCGGAUUAUCCAACGGGAAUUAUUCACAUGAUCUUUUCACGGAAUUGCGGAUUUUCUUUGAAUGGAUAAAUCUCACUUGUCUCGGAUAAACAAUUCUAGAGAUCUGGGACCAAGACACAACAAUAUGGGCAAGUUGCCAGGUUCACAAGUUUUCCCCCAUCCUGUGAGGACCAAGUUUGGUGUUCGCCAGUUCCCCGGUCACACAUUCUCACAGAGGCGUCUUCAUCAGGGGGUGGGACGAGGGUUUACAAGGAUUCCCAGAAAUCCUUUCCCGAUGACGAUUGACCCCCACGGCCCAAGGGCAAAGUUACAAGGAAGUAUGGACACUAUUCCAGGUCCUGACUUCUACAACCUGGCUAGCAGUGACAGUGACCACACAAUCCCUGCUGCCGACAUCGCAGCGUACGCUGCCAGUCCAAACUCUCUCUACAUGUAUGAACAGGAGAAGCAUGACAUGCAGAACUCCAUCAACGGCUCUCUGUGUAGUCCGUCACUCUCUGGCUACUCCCACGGAAAGGAGGACUUCGACUUGAAGCCGCAGUAUGAGAUGAACAGUCUGGAUCUGUCACUGCCAGACUCAGUCGGAAACCCAGGGACACCUUCCUCAAGCAAAUUCUGGGUUAAGUCGGAAAUGUUCGAUCCUGAAAUGUCGAUGGAGAAUUGUGAUAUGUCAAAUGGACCAACACUGGCAGAGUUGAAUAUGGAUGAAUCUCUACUGGACGAGGUGGUCAGUUUGGUGAACGCUGAUUCUGCGUUUGCCACAGCUACAAACAGUGCUUUGUGUUCAAAGGGAGAUAACCAUGUGUCACUGUCAUCUUUGCUUUGUACCCAAUCCACAAGUGUGCCCAGGGCAACAGACUUACAGCAACCUGUGACAAAGUUGGCAACCAGUUGUGUUUCUCAGAUGAACCUCACUCCACCCUAUUCUCAGAGCUCAGUGUCAUGGGCAGUUGACAGCACGAAGGUCAACAAACCAGCACCAACACACGUCUCCUAUAGUGUCCAGUCCACAGUUCCAUCGUCCACAGUCACGGGUACCCUUCCAGUCGAUGACAAGUCCACACUUCACAAACUUUUGUUGCGGAAAUCUGUGGCCCAACUCAGCAGAUCCCAACUCAGCAGAUCCCAGUCAUCGAUGCCGUCACAGCCGCCGCAGACUCACAGCAGAACAGGGGUGCCAACUAGGGUCAAGAGGUCGGCAACGACUGCCAAUCUGGGCAAUAGGGACGAGGAUGUGGAGGAGAAGUGGAAGGAAAUUGAGAAAUACAUCCACGAGAAGUCUGAGGAUUCCAAAGCAUCAGCUUCAUUACGGAGCAAGAGGAGCAGGCAUGAUUCAGGAAGCUCUGCAAUGACGUCCAAUGAAGAUCAGGAUUCAGACAAUGAUGCGUUCAGUGACAGAGACUCCGACCUUGAUGAUGACCUCUCAGACGAGGAGGGUAUGCUCAGUCAGUUGUCUCCCCUUGAGGAGUCGCUGAUGGGUAACGGCAAGAAGAAGGAGAAACAGUAUUUCUGGCAGUACAAUGUGCAAUCAAAGGGACCUAAGGGUACGAGACUCAGACUGGAACUGGACAGUUCUGAUCCUCACCAUCUGAAGAACUUCGAGGACCCUGUGUUUGACCCCAACAACACCCAAGUUGCCGGUAUCCGCCAUGGGGGUAAAGCCAGGAAGGGAGAUGGCAAUGAUGUCCAGCCUAACCCCAAACGACUGGUUCAGAUCGGGAUGCAGAUCAAGCGACUCAACCGCAAAAUAAAUGAAGUGACGUCGCUGGGUGAGAGCACAGCAUCGGCAAGGAACCAGUCGAGGAAGGAGAAAAACAAGUUGGCGUCUAGGGCAUGUCGGCUCAAGAAGAAGGCUCAGCAUGAAGCUAACAAAGUCAAGUUGUUUGGUCUGGAAAAAGAACACAGACAGCUGAUGGAAGUGAUGGUGAACAUAAAGGCAGACCUCAAGAAGCGCCUCCUAGAGAAGGAGGAGAUAACUCCGCAACAGUCACUUGUCGAGACACUUGAGGAGCUCAUCAAGACCCAUCUCAAAGAAAUGAUUGCUGGCAAUACAACCGAUUUCGUCAACAAGGUGAUCGCCACGUAUGAGAAAGGGGAUCCGUCUGGAGGGCUACCAAUCAGGAAGAAAUGAGCCUCUACGACUGUUGACAUUGUGACUAUUUCAAACCAUGAGAUUGAUGCUACAGUUUCACUGAAGAAAGUGGUCAGCGGAGAAUGGCUGUGAUUUCAUCCAGUGACGUGGUCACGUCUCCAAUACAAUAAUAGUCUGACUCAAGUAAAAAUGCAGUUUGCUAUGUAUUAGUUUAUUUGUAAACAUAAUUUAUUUCAAUGCAUUUAUGGAUAUGCCCUAUCUGAAAUUUUGGCAGCUUUUUCUUGUUUUUGGAUUAUUUUUCUUAAUUGCUAUUUUUAUGUGUGAAAUACUUAUAGAUCUUCUUUCAAGAUGCCAGAAGUAUUUUAGUAUCAAUGCCUUUGUUGAAAUAUUGAUUUUUAUGCAGGAAAUUGAACAGCUGGACAAAAUCAAUUUGGAUGACUAAAUCUUUAUUCAGCUGUCACACAAACAAAUUGUUUGUAGCUAACCAAGUUAUCUAUACACCAUCUUUGGUUUAGGUCGCAGUUUGUGCAUUGAAACUCUAUUGGUUUAUUGUAUCAUAGACCUUGUGUGUAGUUUGGAAUGAUCAAAUGUUAGAUUCACCUGGCCAUUUUAGAAAUUGCUACUUUCAUUACAAAAGUAAGCAAUGAUCAGAUAACCAUGGUAACUUAAUUGUUUGUCAUUCAACAUUCAUGUUUAUAUGUGCAUUGUUUACUUUGUCCAUGUUUUGCCAUCCAAAGACAUUUGUUGUAAGCCUCUGUGUAUGAAAUCCCAUUAUUUGUUUGUUAUUUGGUUAUUUGUUUUGUGACAUAACUUUGUAUGGAUAUAUUUGUAUGUUCGAUAUGAUCUAUUAUGCGCUGCAGUGUUUUCAUCGAUAUCAUCUAUUUUCACAGAAAAACAUUUUCAUUAUGAUUGUCGUCACUAGUCAGUGUUUCAUACAGUUGUAUUGAGGGGGAAACACUGAGCGUUAUAUAUCUCAAUAAAACUAUGUACAGACUAUUGUUGAUUGUUUUUGUUUUAUUUUAUGCAUAUUUAAAAUGGUAUAUUUGAUGAUAUUGUCUCAUUGUGUAUGUUGUAUCUGUCUAGUUCUGGUGUUGUGAGAUCCUAGUAACAAUACAACUGAUGAAAAAGAGAAACAUCAUCAAAGAAUACUUUCAGAAGUGCGUGCUUCUUAAUAUUAGAAAACAGGGAUAUCUAGAACUAUAAAAUCUUAAGAUAAGAAGAGCACAAAUUUCCAAAUAUUUCUAUUGUUUUCGUUUCCAUGACAACAAUCUCUCCAUCUGUAGGCAGAUGUAAGAACUGCAUCAUAAAUGCAUUUGUUUUAUGUAUCAAAAAUGUUUUUCAUUAGGCCUUGUUGUUGCAUUUAACUUUCUCUUUUUUAUACAUUUGUGCAUGAUUACAAAGUUGACAUUUUGUUAUUUCUAUGGAUUUGUCCUUCCAAAUAUGACACUGUAUCACAGAUAUCUUUAUUGUUAUUCUUGUGUGGGUUGCUAGGUAGUGGGCGAGAAUGUUUGCAGUGUUGGAUAUGAGUAAUAGCAGUGGGGCUGACCAUGUGAUAUCCUGGUUGGGGGUGGGUAGUGUCGGAUCCUAGACAUUAUUUCGGUAACUGCUUCGCAACAACGUUGUGUUCUGAAAAGAGAAGCCAAGCAAUUUCUCUUUUUGUCAGCACAUCCAGCAUGUCCACUGAAGAAUUUUUCAAAGUUAAUUUAUUAAAAAAAUCAUCCCCCAGAAUAGCGAGUGGUCAGCUUCUAACUAGGAAAUCGCUAACUACAGUGAGACUACUUACCUGGACAUCAGAUAUACCUGUUUUCAGUAUUAUAAUAAUUCAAAAUGAUGCUUGAGCAAUUUAAACAAACUUGUUAUCUGGCAAUUUGGCUACUUGAUCUUGAUGGUGAUAAUUAGUGUGAAAGGUCAUGAAAUAUAAACCUAAAACUGGUUCGUUUAAUCAUCAAACUGUGGGACAUUGUGUCUUUGCAAUAAGGAGCCUGUGAAUGGAGCAGGGUGAAGAUGGUAUUUUUACACAGAGAAUUAACAUAGGUUAUUGAAGUUAAUUAAUAGAUCAAUAAUGCGUCAGUGACAGUCUUCACAUGCUUCACAAUAACUGUCAACUGCAGUCAGAUUCCGAUAUCCAGAUACUCAUUGAUGCAGACAUGUAUUGUAAAAAACAGAUGUCCAGAUAACUAGGGUUCCACUGUACUGGAGUGGUUAGUUGGCAGUAAGGUUUAUCAACGGUAUUAGCUGAGUCCGUGACAGACAAGGCUGGCCCUGUCAGUGGGAUAUGAAGGCAGUGUUCUAUGGAGGAGAAAGGCAAAAUGGGCUGCAAGAGACAGUUUCUGAAAUGUCUCAGGAAAUGGGAAGUUAAUGUGAUAGGGUUGUAACAGUGAGAGGUUAUUGUGCAUAGAUACAAAGAGGUAGGGAGCAAGAAAGUUAGAUGGAUCAAAGUUGCUUGCUGUGGGUCCAGAUGCCAACAUUGUGUCUGUUUUAAACAUUAUUAGUGGAUUCAUUAGUAUCACAAUAUCUAGCGGUUGUAUUUAGAAGCCAUGCUUGAGGCCAGGCUGUUUAUUUCUUGGUUUACAGAUUUGUGUUGUGGAAGUUCUGGUUGGAAGGUGGGGGGUGGAAAUAAAGUAAGAGUCAUUU